AUGCUAGCCUUCCCGCCCUCCUCCUCACCACACGCCUUCCUCCCAACAAUCCCCUCGCCCCUCUCGCCCCGCAGCGCCAACAUCCAUGGCCCGACGCGCCACGCCCUCGCGAAAACCAUGACCUCGCAAGAAGGACAACAACAAGAAACCACCAAACAGGAACAAGAAGGAGAAGGAAACACCAACUCGCUCUUCAAGUUCGAUAACAUCAACUCCCCCCUCUGCUCCAACCCCAACACCACCAACACGAAACAUUCCCCAACGACGCCUUUUUCGCACCGCCCCAUCAAACGCGCCCCAACACCCCAGCAGAACGCCCUAAAAACCCAGCGCCGCAACGCCUUCCUCCGCAAAGUCCGCGACGAGAGGGAUCAGGCGCGGUAUGAAUCCCGCGGGGAGGAUUUCAUGCGGUUGGAGUUUGUGCGGCGGAGGCGGGAGUAUGAAGAGGAAUUGAAACGGGAUGCGCCGACGCCUUCUGCUGAGGAGGAGGACGCGGAACUGCCGGGUUGGGGGGAUAUGGAUGUGGCUCCGGAGGUCGAGGUGGAGGAGUUUGUGAAGGGCGAAGAGGAGGAGAUGAGGGCUUUGUUGGAGAAUUUUCCUGAUGAGAUGAUGGGGAUGGAGGAGGGAGAUGGGGAUGGCACUGAGGGGAAUUUGUGGAGCGAUGAUGCGGAGUAUGACGAUUUGUUUCGGGAGGUUUUGAGGAGUGAGGAGGAGGAGAUGCUGAGUGCUGCUGGUGGUCACGGUGGACAGGGUGGUGGUGGAGAGGAGAUGGAUAUGAGUUGA